CAACGCAUUUGAGGAGACCACAGUGCAUGAAUGCAGAGCACCCAUGUGCCAUGGGGGCGGAGCCAGUUCUUAGGGGAGGAGCCAGGUGUCAGGGUCGGAGAGGAGAGGACGUCAUGUUGAGGAAACGAAACCAAAGCCAGCCGACGUGGAAUCAGUUCUCUCGUUCAGGCGAAAAGAAAAGGUAUUUUGGAAAAUUAGUCUGCCAGACAGAAGCCAUAGCAAGGAAUGGCCUCUGCUAACACUGCCUGGUCUGAGGAUAACUUUUCAUGUUCCAUCUGUCGGGAUGUGUUCAACCAUACAGUUACCACACCAUGUGGACACAAUUUCUGCAGAACCUGUAUUACUAAAUUCUGGGAUGAACAAGUCAAGUACAAAUGUCCUGUUUGCGACAAGCUUUUCGACACAAGACCUGAUCUACAGGUCAAUACUCUCUUAUCAGAGAGGGUUAAUCGCUUUGGAACGUCCGUACGAGUAAAAGAGCAGCCUUGUGUUGAACCAACAGAAGUUCUCUGUGACUUCUGUACUGGGACCCAGCUGAAGGCUGUGAAGUCCUGCCUAGUGUGUCUUAUCUCUUACUGCCAAACCCACCUGGAGCCACAUCAGAGAGUCGCAGGCCUGAAGAAACAUCGGCUGGUUGAGCCUAUGGACCGUCUGGAAGAAAGGAUGUGUAAGAAACACGACCGACUUCUGGAGCUCUUCUGCCAGAAUGACCAGGUGUGUGUGUGUCAGUUCUGCACAGAGGGUGACCACAGGUCCCAUCCUGUUGUACCUCUAAAGGAGGAAUAUGAAGUGAAGGCAACCCAGCUGGGGAAGAUAGAAGCUGAAGUUCUGCUGAUGAUCGAGGAGAGACAAAAAAUUAUUCAGGAGAUUAAAGACACAGUUAAUCGCAGCAAAGCAGAUGCAGACAGAGAGAUUGCCGAUAGUGUGCAGGUCCUCACAGGUCUGAUGCGCUGCCUUGAAAAGUGCCAGGAUGAUCUCAACCAAAUGGUUAAAGAGAGACUGAAAUCCACAGAAAAAAAAGCUGAAGAAUUCAUCAAAGAGCUGGAGCAGGAAAUAGAAGAUUUGACCAAUAGAAGCUCAGAGGUGAAGCUGCUCUCCGGCAAUAAAGACCACCUCUACUUCCUCCAGACCUUCAGAUCCCUGAAGAAACAUGCGCCCACCAGGGACUGGACGACGGUGGAGGUCCGUCCUCCGUCAUACGUAGGGACCUUGAGGAGAUCCUUGGAUCAGCUGGAGGAGACACUGAACAUGGAGAUGAAGAAGCUGCGUGAUGCUGAACUGAAGAAGGUCCAGCAGUAUGAAGUAGAUGUGACUCUGGAUCCUGAUACAGACCAUCCCAGUCUCAUCCUGUCUGAGGAUGGGAAACAAGUAUAUCACGGAGGUGUAUGGAAGGAACUCCCAGACAAUCCUAAGAGAUUUUCAAAGAAGUUUUAUGUUCUCACGAGGCAGAGCUUCACCUCUGGGAGAUAUUACUUUGAGGUCCAGGUUAGAGACAAGACUAUAUGGCGUUUAGGCGUUGCCAGAGAGUCCAUCGACAGAAAAGGUCAGAUCAGAGUGACCCCUGCGACGGGUUACUGGAUUAUUACUUUCAACGACGAUGUGUUGGGAUUUAAUGAGGUCCCUGUUGUCCGUCUCCCUCUGAGAGGUAAGCUCCAAAAGGUGGGGGUGUUUGUUGAUUAUGAUGAGGGUCUGGUCUCCUUCUAUGAUGUAGAUGCCAGGGUUCAUAUCUACUCUGCUACUCGCUGCACCUUUACUGAGCCUCUCUAUCCAAUCCUCAAUCCAUGUACACGUUGUGAUGGUAGAAACUCUGCCCCCCUGAUCAUCUCACCUGUCAAUCAAACAGACUAGGACCUUUG